AUGGCUUCGAAAGCUCCACGCCGUAUCGCCGCUCGCGAAACCUUUUGUCCCUCGCUACCCGCUGAGGUGUGGAUCAACGUCUUCCGCUAUCAUACCGAUCUCGCACACCUUUGGAACGUCGUCCGACGCGUCUCUCCGACUCUUCGCGCGUGCGUCGAGCAUGCAUUCGGCGAACACUUUCUGAAGGAUAUGCGCAUAGACUUUCAACUUGAGAAAUACAACCUAGGCGGGAAGAGCAAGAGGCCUGAGGUGUCCACAAGACUCGCGCAACGGGGCAAAGGCAAAGAUAAGGUUACAGCCUGGUUCAAAGAUGAGCGACCGGAUAUAAGCUCGGAUAAAGGACAAGGAAAGAAAGAACGCGAGCAUUACCAUAAGGUGACGCGCCGAUGGGAAGAGAAUGUGCAGAACUGGAAGGCUGAAAUGCCCAACUACACAGUCAGCAUCGGUGGCUUGGUGAACGAUACCGAGUUACCAGACCUCACCAUCGACGUCGCAGCCCGCGAGAUCAGGUUCGACUGGAAGAAGAUGCUACAGCUCUUCUUCCGUGAACAAGAACGGCUCCGCGUCUUGAAAGACGAGUGGCACAUCAAGACGGCCAAAAAGAUCCAAGCCAACAACGCGCGUCUGAAGAAGGGCGAGAAGCUCAUGCCCUCCGACUAUCCAUCGCCCUGGUCGACCGCCGAAGCUGAGAUAAGGAAAGACAUAAGGCGCGCGAGACUGAAGGAGCAUUAUCGCGACGACGAGCAGAUGGUGUGGGCCAUUGACUCGUUGAAGCAUUUUGAACAAUAUGGGGCAGCGACUGGUAACGCCAAAGCUCUCAAGCUCAACCCAGAUCUACCAGGCGCUGGUUUGGGCGAGAAGUGGUUUGGUAGUGUCAAUCUGGUGCAGGAACUCUACUUGGAUGAGUGGAGUUGUAUGCAUAGGAUUGAUACUAAAGUGGAACACAUCCGGAAUGGAACGUGA